AUGACCAUGCUAGACAGCCCUCACAAGACGGAAGACGAGCAGUUGCUUUCUAAGUCACCCGCGGUCAGAAUCAAGAAACUGGUUGCGCCUUUUAGAAAUGCAUCCCCGAAGUGGAACACCGUCAUCCUCGACACUUGGACGUGGGAGAUCAUCUCAAUGGCUUUCAGCAUUCUUUUUUUCCUCGCCAUCGUUGGUGUCUUGGGAUUCUACGACCAGAGGAAAAUGCCCGAUUUGCCCCAAGGAUUAACGUUGAACACCGUCGUGUCCAUUCUGGCCACUGGCUCCAAAUCUGCCCUUCUUUGCAUGAUCGGCACUUCCAUGGGCCAGUUGAAAUGGCUGUGGUUCUCGGGGAGAAAGUCUCCACUAUAUGACUUGCAAUUUUUCGAUGAUGCCAGUCGUGGACCUUGGGGCUCAAUGAUGGCCCUGCUGAAAUGGCCACAAAAAGGACACCUCCUGAUUACGCUAGGUGCCUUGAUCACAGUCGUCUCCCUCGCAUUCGACCCAUUUACACAACAGAUCUUCAAAUUCCCCGUCAGAAAUGUUCCCAGCGAUACCAGCAAUGCAACGGCCAAGCAGGCAAUACUUCCAUGGAUUCCAACGGAUGGAAUUGACUCAAGAAUAUUCGAUGCGAUGAACGCCGGGAUCUACUCAGCCGAUUUCGAGUUGGAUCCGGUUUGCCCGUCGGGAAACUGCACUUGGCCCCCCUUUCAGUCGGCGGGCUGGUGCAGCAAAUGUGAAGAUGUCACCGCUCAGGCCACGCCUGUUGGCUGUGAUAUUACUUCAUUCAAUACCAGCCGACAUGAGGACCAAAAUUUGCCCUGCAAUAUUACUUUUCCGGACGGAUCUUGGAUUAACGUUGAUUUAUAUGGGUAUUGGAAUGAGAUGAUCUCUGCCCAUGUACUGUCCAUUCCAAUGGUACAGGUGACGAGGGUCAAUAAUGAAAUAAAAGGGCCUCAUCUGAACCAGACCAUCUUGGGAGUCUACAGCCCGCUUUCAGCAUUUGUUCUCGUUGAGUUUAGGGACCUCACUGCCCCAGUUGCCACCACAUAUUCUGUUGAACAGCUCCAGGAGAGAACCGGUAUUACGCACGCCACGGAAUGUGUAUUGUCACCGUGCGUGAGGACAUACAAUGUGUCUGUCUCUGGAGGAGUUCCCUCCACCCGGUCUUCACUACCUGAUUUUGGUGAGAUAUUUCACCCUGAGCAUUACCCAGGCAUGAAAACCACACCACAGAACCGCGAGAAUAUUGACCAAAAGGAAUACGAGAAAUCCUCAGCAUGCUGGAAGCCUGAUCAGGGGCAGUCUGUCGAUGUUAUGUUAACCACGGACACAUGGCCGACUGCGUCCAACUUGUGGCGCAACAACACCAAAUUUGCCGGCUGUCCAGUUCAUGAUUGCACAGAAUUUAUUGAUUUGGUGGGAACAAUAUCCUCACCUUUUGUAUACAAUGGCUCUGAACAAUUUUGGCAAUAUCCCGACCCGGACCAGCGAAGGUUAUGGCCAAGGUCACCGCCAGCCUUGCAGCACAUUAUCAGCUCCGGCUUUGCACAUGUUAUGGAGAACAUCGCAGCGUCGUCGACAAAGUACGCUCGAAAUAUCAGUAAUCAGAUGGCCUAUGGCACUGUGUAUGAACCGCAGACGUAUGUUAUAGUGGAUUGGCUCUUUCUGACACUCCCAGCCGUGCUGGUCGCGUUGGGGAUUGUCUUUCUUGCGUCGACGAUCAUAGUCAACAGCAGGCAAAACUUGAGUCUGUGGAAGUCCUCUGUGUUUCCUAUGAUGUACAAUGAACUUAUGAAAGAGAUGGACAUUGAAGGGUCUGCCAGUGCUAGCUCAAUGGAACGGACGGCACGGGAAAUUACAGUGAAGCUUGAAGUGUCGGAUACUGGGAAGAGGAUGCUGGUGGCUCAGAGGUCAUGA